UCAACCUAGUUGUGGACAGUUGCCCCCCUCGAAACUUUCGACUGUCCUGUCAAGUCGGCUGGAAUGUUCCCGAAGAUCGACCCUUUCCCAAUGCGAUCACUGCAAUCAAUGCACGUCACGAUCCUGCGUCUUUGGCUCUUUCUCGACAAUGCACUGUCUCAAUGGAGGGCCCAGCAGGAUGUCAUGAACGAGUUCAAUCUGGCAACUACGCAGAGCACGAAAGCCCAUCUAUCCUCAGCUCCUUCCUCCACUCGUUCUCUACUCAACUCAUAUCAGGCUAGCCCUGUUCAGCACUUCAAUACCCUUCUUCUUGCGAUCUACAUCGGCCAGCCGCUCAACGUAUCCUCUUUCCACUUAUCAACAACACUUGCCAUGUUCUCCCGCGCUCUCAUCGUUUUCGUCACUCUCCUCCAUGCCUGCACGUUGAACGUGUCGGCGCACGGAACGAUCACCAAGAUUCAAGGCGCUAACGGCGUGGCCGGCGCUGGAUUCGGGAUCAUCGCCUCGACGCCCCGGGAUGGCUCGCGGCCCAAUCCUUUCGAGCAGGACACCAGUGUCAUUCGGAACCAGGAAAUCGACAGCGGCAGGACCGGUGCCUGCGGCCGCACCAAGGCUGGCGGUAACAACGACGUCACCGCUCAGUUGGCAGCUGCCUCUUCGGCCGGGCUUCCCUCAGCGGCAGCCGAUGGAUCGGUCACCAUGACGUUGCACCAGGUCAACGGAGACGGCGCUGGCCCGUACACUUGUGACGUCUCCGGUGACGGAGGAAACACCUUCCAGGCCGCGGUAGUGACCACCCAAGUCCCCGGUACCCGCAGCCGCUCCAAGGCCACCGCCACGGACUUCCCGCUCGUGGCUCAGAUGCCAGCGGGUAUGGCCUGCACUGGAGGACCUAACGGUGACGCCUGCAUCAUGCGAUGCCGCAAUUCGGCAGCGGCAGGUCCCUUCGGAUCGUGUGUUGCUGUGACUGGUCCAUCGAAUGCCGCUGCUGCUGCUCCCGCCGCCGCUGUUCCUGCUGCUGCUGCACCCGCCGCUGCUGUUCCUGCCGCUGCUGCACCCGCCGCUGCUGUUCCUGCCGCUGCUGCACCCGCCGCUGCUGUUCCUGCCGCUGCUGCACCCGCUGCUGCUGUUCCCGCCGCCGC